AUCCCCCAUGACGGAGCCCCUAGCUGCCUCCUCGCGACCCUUUCCGGACUCGGCCUGCCCACUCCCGCCCGCUAACCCGCCUGGCUCCGGGCCGAGGGCCCUCGCGGGACUCUGAUUCCUGUUCCUCUAACGCCGGCGGGGCUGCUGGGUGCCGGCUCGGCAGGCCGCCUAGACCCGGAACUGCUGAGGCAGCAGCGGGCUCGCGGCGCUUGGCUCAUCCCGGGAUUCCCCAGCGCUCGUGCUGGGCCUGCAGCGUCCGCACCAAGCACGCCGGGCGGCCCUGCCCAAGCUCCCUCCCGCCUCCCGGCAGCUGGCCCGCGGGGCCCCGGCCUUCAGGUUUCCCCUGGGAUCCCGGGACCGGCAGGCGGGGAAUCUGUGCGGCGGCGGCGAGGUGGGUGAUUUGGCACAAAAGUAUUCUUUCAAGGAUGGCAGAAGCAGUUUUGAUUGAUCUUUUUGAUUUGAAAUUGAAUUCUCAAAAAAACUGCCAUCAGACAUUACUGAAGACUUUGAAUGCUGUCCAGUACCACCAUGCCGCCAAGGCCAAGUUUCUUUGUAUAAUGUGUUGCAGUAACAUCAGCUAUGAAAGGGAUGGAGAACAAGAUAAUUGUGAAUUAGAAACAGGCAAUGGAUUAUCAGCUCUCUUGAAAGAAUUUGAGAUUGUUAGCUGUCCCAGCAUGGCUGCCUGUUUAUAUACCAUUAAACAGAAAAUUGAUGAAAGAAAUCUGAGCAGCAUUAAGGUAAUUGUACCCAGGCACAGGAAGGCAUUAAUGAAAGCUUUUAUUGAUCAACUCUUCACUGAUGUUUACAAUUUCGAAUUUGAAGAUUUGCAAGUGACUUUGAGGGGAGGCCUUUUUAAACAGUCCAUUGAAAUAAACAUAAUCACAGCUCAAGAACUAAGAGAAAUUCAGAAUGAAAUAGAAACAUUUUUGAGAAGUCUGCCAGCACUGAGAGGAGAAUUAACUAUUAUCACUUCUCCUUUGAUCCCAGAUAUUUUCAUACAUGGAUUUACUACAAGAACAGGUGGAAUAUCUUAUAUACCAACUCUUAGCUCAUUCAAUCUCUUUAGUAGUUCCAAACGGAGAGAUCCCAAGGCAGUGGUUCAAGAAAAUCUGCGUAGGUUGGCGAAUGCUGCAGGAUUUAAUAUGGAGAAAUUUUACCGAAUAAAGACUCAUCAUUCCAAUGACAUCUGGAUUAUGGGAAGAAAGGAGCCUGAUUCUUAUGAUGGAAUAACCACAAAUCAGAGAGGAGUCACAAUAGCAGCUCUUGGUGCUGACUGUAUACCAAUAGUUUUUGCAGAUCCAGUCAAAAAAGCAUGUGGGGUUGCUCAUGCUGGUUGGAAAGGUACUUUGUUGGGUGUUGCUAUGGCUACAGUGAAUGCUAUGAUAGCAGAAUAUGGCUGCAGUUUGGAAGACAUUGUUGUUGUACUUGGACCUUCAGUAGGACCUUGCUGUUUUACUCUUCCAAGAGAAUCAGCAGAGGCAUUUCAUAAUCUUCAUCCUGCAUGUGUACAACUAUUUGAUUCACCAAAUCCCUAUAUUGACAUCCGUAAAGCCACAAGGAUUCUUCUAGAACGGGGAGGAAUUCUUCCACGGAAUAUUCAGGACCAGAACCAAGAUCUCAACCUCUGUACAUCUUGCCAUCCUGACAAGUUUUUCUCCCAUGUCCGAGAUGGCCUUAAUUUUGGUACACAAAUUGGCUUCAUAUCAAUUAGAGAAUAAGAUACUUGACUGGAUUUUUGUAUAACUGUUUCCUGCCUCCUUCCAAACUGACUGCAAGAGAGAAAUUUAGCUGUUUGAUCUACUUAAAACCAAAUGGAUUACAAUGGAUAAUUCAUCUUUAGGGUAUAUUUUUACUAUUAUUCAAAGUCAAAUGAUUUUCAUUUAAUUAUAAUAAUAACUGACAAAAAUCAGUAUGUUGUAGCUAAUAUGUUUUAUGCAUGACAAUUAUUCUUAAAGUUUGUUCUUCCUGUUUAUUACACAGAUCAGGAAUAGAUUUGUUCAGUUCAGUAUUUAUUGAAUACCCUCUAUUGGUCAGGCAUUGUGUUAAGCAUAGGUGAACAGAAAUGAACACGACUUUUUUCCUUUGAGUCUAAUACAAUGAAGGAGAUAAACACUUCUGCAACUUAAUUUUAAUAGCAGUAGAAGAGAACAUAAGGAAUAGAGGUUAAUUUUACCCAGAAGGCAGAGUAGAGAAAAUAUUACAAGAGAAAAUCACAUAUCACAUGGGCUCAAAAGAUGUAGAGGUUUUUGACAAAUGAAGAACAGCCAUAACAGGUAGAGGGAACACCAUGAACCAGGGCAUGAAACUGAAAGUGCAUAACAUAUUCUAGAGAGAAAAGGGUGUGGGCAGGAGUUAGGGCUGGAGAAACAGGUUGGAAACAGAUAAGUAAGGGUCUCAACUGCAGUGUCAAAGAGCUUGCAGUUUAUUUUCCAGGCAAUGAGUAGGCAGCCAAAAAAACAAGAAAGUAACGAUUUUUUUCCUCCCUCCCCCAUGGCAUCAUAUUUAAGAGGACGAAUUUAAAUUGUGUGAGACCAAAGCGUAGAGACUAGAUAAGGGGUGGUCAAAAUAUUUCAAAAAGAAAUAAUGAAGAUCCAAUGAAGGAAGUGGAAAUUAAAAUAGAGAAGAGAGUAGAUGGAUUAGAGAGACAUUUAAGAGAUGGAAUCAAUAGAUCCUGUUACUAGAUAAUGGAAGUAAGAGGUGAGGAAGAGUGGAAAAGUCAUUAAUGACUCUUAAGAUUUCUGCUUGGCUGUUUACCAAGAUUGGCAGCAAAGAGAGGGAGAAGGUUUGGGAAAAGAGAGGAGGAUAAUGAGUUUGACUUUACAUAGAAUGAAGGACAUCCAGAUAGAAAUCUUUGGUUAAUAAUUAGAAAUAUAGACCUAGAAAUUAGGA